CGUGGGGCGGUUAUUUUACUGGGUUUAUCGUUUCUUGCUGGUGUCGUGGUAGGUUACAAACUGAAGUCAUUCCGUGUUAGAUAUUUACAGAGGAAAAGGGACCGAUUGUUGAACAGGCUGAAUGACACACAACAUCAGUUAAGAGUGGCCACGAGCUCUUGAUUGAUGAAGGCCACCCUCCAACCUGCUGAAGAGACUUACAUGGCCUCGGGCCUAGUACCUGUGCACUACCAUGCACCAUGAACAGUAGAAGUUAGUAAAAACGAAAGACAUCCCUCAUUAUCUGACGUACCUUGCCCACGAAUACCUCAAAGCCUGUCAAUUUCCACAAGAAAUUAUGUGCCACAGACCUAGCUGAGAGCCUUUGACAGUUCUGAGACAUCAAGCACAUAAUUGAGUUGUUCUUGGAGUUGGUUUGGGGGCAAAAUCUAACUAAAAACGUCAUAUACAGCAACACAACAUCUUGUGGUAUAUUCAAGUCUUCACACUACAUCCAUCAGCCAUUUGGAUGUAGUCCAACAUAUCCUCCUCUUACCCUUGGGCAUCUUUGUUCUCAUGGUGCAUUAACUCGAACUUCUGUGAAGCAGUCGUCUGAUUUGGUUGUGCCAUAUGAAGGUAAGAAGGUACUCAUUGGGAAUUUGCUGUAUGGAAAGUUGCAAAACGAAAUUUUGGAUCUACCCAGUUUUCGCCCACUCAAAAGUUUAGAGUGUACUGGAGAGAAAAACUGGCUUCUGAUAUAAUCCUAACCAGAAAUGUCUUGGAUUGCCAGUAUGGAAAGGACAGAAAGGAGGCCCAUAAAAAGAAGAUGAAAGAACAAAAAGGUAUUACGGAUGCAAGAAGUAUGCAAGUUUUGUAUCUGGCAGUCAUUGUUACAGUCAUUUGUGUGUUUAUUAAACCUAUGUGUUGUAAAGAAGCUUACCUCUACUGCAUGGAAAUAACCUACAUGUUUGGUAUGGUAACCCCUGUCAUCAUAGUUCAUGGUGGGGCAUGGGCGAUUCCAGACCACAUGGCAGAAGCAAGUGUAGCUGGGGUGAAGGCUGCAGCUAGGGCAGGUUAUGCAGUUCUGCAGCAGGGAGGCAGCGCUGUGCAGGCGGUAGAAGCUGCCAUCACACUUAUGGAAGAUGACCCAGUGUUUGAUGCGGGAACUGGCUCAGUUUUGAACUCUGCUGGAGAUGUAGAAAUGGAUGCUGUCAUCAUGGAGGGAUCACAACUGAAUGCUGGAGCUGUGGCCUGUGUGCAGAACAUCAAAAACCCAAUACAGUUAGCCCGUCUUAUCAUGGAGGAGACAGAUCACGUGUUACUGGUGGGAGAAGGGGCCAAUAAGUUUGCUGAGGAGCGUGGUGUUGAGACCGUACCACAAUCCACUUUAGUCACAGACGAUGCUCGCAAAUCUUGGGAGAGAUUCAUGAAAUUUCGAACGACCGUUGAUGUUCUCUUUAGAGACAGAACUACAGUUGCCUGCCCCCCCAUUGGGUGUGACACGGUUGGAGCCACAGCACUGGACAGCUCUGGCAACGUCGCGUUUGGAACAUCCACAGGAGGUAUAACUGCCAAAAGACCAGGCCGGGUGGGAGACAGUCCUCUUAUAGGGUGUGGUGGUUACUGUGAUAAUGAAGUGGGGGGCGUGUCAACCACUGGCCAUGGGGAGGCAAUCAUCAAGGUCUGCUUAGCAAAGCAUACCACAGAUCUCAUGAGAGAAGGUCUAUCCCCUCAGAAGGCCUUGGAGUCUGCCCUGGAGUUCAUGACCUCUCGGGUUAAGGGAUCAGGGGGUGGGGUGGCUGUUAGUAAGGAUGGACAGGUGGGCCUGCACUUCACAACUCAGAGGAUGGCCUGGGCGUGGCUCAAACAAAACCAGCUUCAUUACGGGCUUGACCAUCAGGAGGAUUGUGUGGAAAAAAUUUCCUGAUAAAUUACUUAGUGGAUAAUUUUUUUUACUUAUAACAUAAUAUUAAUAUAUAAUAUUAUCGAAACACGUUUUUGAGUUUGUAAAUUUUUGUAAAAAUCCAAAUAAACCUUCUAGACCUGUUUUCCCUCUAUAUUAUGUAUACAGUACAAUUUGAUCAUUUAAACAAAUUUAGAGUUUUCUUUGUUGCAUUAAAGCUCCCAUGUUAUACUAAAAUCAGACCAGGUUGAUAAUCACCUAAGUUUUUUUUUAUGUGAACACUUCUUACAUCACUGUUAAAUUGAAUUUGAAAAUAAAGGUGCAUCAAGGUGUCACUUAGGUCUAACGGACAGUAAAUAAGUUUCCUUUUAGUUGAACACCUGCAGGCUAUUUACAUGCGCUUUGUCAGUAAGUUGCUCCAGUAUUUGAUAAGAUUCUCUGUCCUUUUUCAUCAUUCUCAUGUUAUAGAAUUGCAAAUCAAAAAGGACAGAUGACGAGAUCUUGUUAAUGCCAUGCCAUUAGUGUUCGUUCUGUAUAGUGGGGAAAACGAGAAUAAGUAUUAUACAUCAAUUAAGUAAAUACAACAAAAAAAAU